GACUUCUGUGGAAGGACAAUAAACAGGCUAGUUCAUUAUUAGAUGUUUUAUUUCACCAUUGGUUAUCCAAAGAGCAAUACAUGAUUUUAGGUAUAAGAUGGGUGUUUGACUGGAAGGAGACAAACAAUUGUUAACAGUAUAGAUUAUUCUCUCUUGGAACACUCUAUAGGACGAGGAUGAGACGACGCUUGCGCUCGGCCGAAGAAGGCUACAGUGGAAGGAGGAAAGGGAAUGUUAAUGUUACUCAAGAGAAAUUCCCCAUCAAUACCAAGAGAGCACAUGAACCUCAUGAGCUCUUUGUACAGCUUGACUCAUGGCAGUACAACCAGAAUCAGUCUGAAGAAGGGUUUGUGGAGAAGAUAUGGAAGGAGACUGCAAGAUGGAUCAAGUUUGAGGAAGAUUGGGAGGCUGGAUCAGAGAGAUGGGGUAAACCUCAUGUAGCCUCACUUACAUUCAAUAGCUUGCCACAGCUAAGGAAGGGGCUUGAAAAUGGCCUGAUGCUUCUUGAUUGUCAGAGGACCACCUUACAAGGCAUCUUUGAUGCUAUCCUAGAUGGGCUUGAAGAGGAACAUAACAUGGGAAGGAAUGAUCGUAUGCUUAUCUCAAAGAUGCUCAGGGCAAGCGCUGGAAGCUACCAAGAUGAGCAUACUGGUAUUGUGAGAGCAUCUAUAAGACGUCUUUCUACCAUUGCUGACUUCAGUCACCAUCAUCGUAGUUCACAUCAGCAUCAGAAUCAGCUCAACUCCAACCACUUCCCUGUCAGUCGAUCCAUGAGUGCUAUGGAUGGUACAGGUCAUAUCAAUGGCAAUGGGUUUGUUGAUCCAGAAUCCAAGACUCCGAUGAUUGAAGACAUCCAACAGCAGGAGAAGAUCACACACCUCAAGGUGAAUAACGACAACGGGUCAGCUAUCAACAGGAACCUCUCUGCUGCUACACUAAGUGCCCUUCAACAACACAGGACUGAUGGCAUCAUUAAGAAGAUCCCACCAGACUCUGAGGGAGCUCUGGUCCUUGUUGCCAAGGAAGAAUACCUUGAACAACCAUACAUGGUCCUGGUCAGGCUGGAUGAACCUAUACUCUUUGAGAACUUAUUGGAGGUCCCUAUCCCAUUGAGGUAUGUAUUUGUGGUAACUGGUCCUCCCAUGCCAACCCUCAACUACCAUGAAGUGGGUCGAGCCCUUGCCACGCUCUUCUCCGAUGAGGUGUUCAGGAAUAUUGCCUACUCCGCCCGUGAGAGGAAGGACAUCCUAGUGGGAAUCAAUGAGUUUCUCAAUGACACCAUGGUGCUACCACCAGGAGAUUGGGAUAAGGAACUACUUAUGCCAAUCACUAGGUUACAGAAGAGAGAACAAGAGAAGGUGAACAAGAGAAGAAAGACAUUGAAGUUGAAGGAAGAGGAUACAGUGGCCUUGCAGCAUUUCCUUACAGUGGAGAAGGUGCAUGGAGACCCCUUACAACGUACAGGAUACUUGUUUGGUGGUCUCUUCAAAGAUAUCAGAAGAAGAUAUCCUCACUACCUCUCUGAUGUCUUAGAUUCCUUUAACAUCACCUGUUUGGCUGCCUUCGUCUUUCUCUACUUCGCUUGUCUCUCACCAGCUAUUACUUUUGGUGGUAUCUUAGGUGAAAUGACGCAGGGUUAUAUGGGAGUGUCUGAGAUGAUCAUCUCAACAUCUCUCAAUGGCAUCAUCUUCUCACUACUCUCAGGGCAACCUCUCAUCAUCAUAGGUCCUACUGGUCCAGUGUUGGUCUUUGAAGAAAACCUAUUACUGUUUUCCAAGCAGAUGAAUAUUGAGCUGUUACCAUUCCGUGCAUGGAUUGGUAUAUGGACGUUUCUUAUAGCAACCAUCUGUGUAGCAGUAGAGGGCAGCGUUCUCGUCCGACAUUUUACUAGAUUUACUGAGGAGAUAUUUGCCCUUCUCAUUUCUAUCAUCUUCAUCUAUGAGACCGUCAGUGGACUCAAAUAUGUGGCUUGUCAGAACCCCUUUCAGGAGAACUACUGCCUGGCUGAUCUGAACAGCACAUACCCUCCCAUAUACAACUCAUCUAGUAUCUAUGCACGGCCCACCGACAUCAUCCAGCAGUUCAACGUCACAACCUCCCCAAUCCUGAGCUCUGUCACCAGCUCAUCAUUAUCACACGGACUGGAUGAACAUGUGACAUACUUUGACAUUAUGAUGAAUGCUACUGAUCAUUAUGGAGAUGAUAAAUACAGUGGGAAAUCUGGAAAGAAAAAGAAAUGUUAUGUACCUUCUGGUUGGGAUCCCAAGCCUAACACCACUCUCAUGUCAAUCAUUCUUACAUUUGGAACAUUCUUUAUAGCGUUCUUCAUCAGGCAGUUCAGAAAUAGCAGAUUCUUGGGCAGAACGUCAAGAAGAGCAUUUGGUGACAUUGGUAUCGCUAUAGCAAUCACCGUCAUGGUUACCAUAUCAUACUUCACCAAGAAUGUCUACCUUCAAAAACUAACCAUAGGGACCGGUUUUGCUCCUACGAAUCCAUCCAAGAGAGGCUGGUUUAUCAAUCCUAUGGGUGUAGAUCAACCCAUGCCAAUGAUAGCCAUCCUGGGUGCUUCAGUACCAGCAUUCCUUGUCUUCAUCCUUCUCUACAUGGAGACACUUCUUACAGGGGUUAUUGUUAACAAGAAGGAACACAAGUUAAAGAAGGGCACUGGUUUUCAUCUUGAUAUGUUUAUCAUGGGAUUCUUGACAGCCCUAUCAGGAAUCUUAGGUCUACCUUGGAUGUGUGCUGCUACAGUCAGAACAGUCUCUCAUGUAGCUAGUCUAAGUGUCAUGACUAGGACUGAUGCUCCAGGUGUGAAACCAAGACUAGACCACAUCAAAGACCAAAGGAUGACCAAUUUCUUUGUUAGUCUUGCCAUAGGUUUAUCAUUAUAUAUGGCACCAUUGUUGAGAGAGGUGCCAAUAGCUGUACUUCUAGGAGUCUUCUUAUACCUUGGACUCUGUUCAUUGAGUGGUCUCCAAAUGAUAGAAAGAAUUAAAGUAUUCUUUAUGCCAAGCAAACAUCAUCCGGAUGUCAAGUAUAUCAGAAUGGUAAAAGCAUGGAAGAUCCACCUGUUUACAUCUAUUCAGCUUGUAUGUCUCGUAGCCGUCUGGAUGAUCAAGACGUCCAUCAUUGCUAUCUGUUUCCCAUUCUUCUUCAUCCUUCUUGUGGCAAUCCGUAGGCUCAUGAGGUUUAUCUAUACUGAUCAAGAGCUGGAAGCUUUGGAUGACGAAGAAUCUGAAGAAGAAAUUGAUGGAUCUAUGGCUGAUGAAUACCAAGCCACUCAUAUGCCUGUUUAGAUUUACACCAAGAUACCAAAGCUGAAAGAAUAUUUGAAAUUUCAAGCACCAUACAUUUGUGUUAACUGUAUUGCAGUAUUGAUGGAGGAAGUGUGCAAUGUCUUUGCUUGUUCCUGUACGUACCAUUCAGAAGAUGGAAGCUCUGCAGAAUAACUGGGCCACUUAAGUUGCUUGAAUAUAUAGUGUUGAUUGUGCUGCUCAGGCGUAGCACAUUACCAUCAGAGUAAAGUGAAGGAUUUUAGAAUAAUGAAUAGGCAAAGAAUAUGAGCUUGAGUAGCACAACUUGCUGUCAUCAAUUAAAUACACCAGGGAGUUGUUUUCUCGAAGUAAGAAUGACUUAGAGACAUGCUUCAAUCUCAAUGCACACAUGUUAUUCAAGGCUUAAUCUAAUUGAUGGAUACACUGUAAUGAUCUGACCAAUGCGAUGAUGCAUUGUAUACCAUACGCAACUGAAAUUUAAGUGUGACUCUAAAAGUCCUGAUCCCACUCCUUUUUUGUUAUUCAUAAAUGAUUUACCCCAAUGUUCAAAUAUGCUCAACUUUGUGUAAUUCACAGAUGACACGUGUGUCUCUUAUGUCUGGUAGCAAUAUUGGUUUUCUGUUUAGAGAUAUGAGUUUAUAACUUAAAAAAGAUUAAUGAGUGGAUGUCAGAUUGUGAAUACUUAAAAAACCAAUUAUAUAUUGUUUAAGUUAUUUAUGCAAGCGAAUGACAGAUAACUUGAAAUUGCACUAUAACAACAUUAAAAUUACUCAACUUCACAGUGUAAAAUUUUAAAGUAUUUUUAUGGAUGACAAUUUGUCUUGGAACAUUAAUUUAUGGUACGAUUCACUACUAAAAGAAAUAUACAGAAAAUUUUCAUUUUACAAAACAAACAAUCCGCCAGAUAAAUUGUUAAAACAAACAUGCAUUUUAGAUAUUGACAUUGCUGGCCGUCCAUAGUUGUGAUUGAUUGGAUCAAUCACAACUCUUUGUAAGACGGGCCCCAGUUGUGCUUCCUUUGACCCUCUCUACAUGUAAAAUAUAUUACUUAUGUCAAUGAUUUGUAUAUAUAGUUUUUAAUUGUGGAAAUAAAGUUGAAUUGAAUAGAGACACCAACAAAGCAGACAUACAAUGCCACAGUGACAUAGAAUAAAUCUAUGAUGACCAAAUAAUUUAGUGCAGUAUUGUUGUAACAAUAAUUGUACAAUAAUAUGUGUCAUUAAAUGGCGAUCAAAGAUUUACCAA